UAGGUGGCACGUGCCAUUGUCAACUUUGUCCACUCGCUGCUGGCGUUUUUGCCCGCUGUAGCGUAGGCACUUAGAGAAGCAGUUUAUUUGUACAGGCAGUUGAAAAACGCAACUACGGCCAAUCUUCACUGCGCGCCGGGACUGAGAAAAAUGGUAGGUUAGGCGCCCUCUGAAAAAACGUGUUCGCGCGCUGCAUACUUCUCUACUGUGACAAUUCGCGGGAAUAUGAAUGGCAACAGGUACAGAAGCACGAGACGCCCUCCGUGGCCCCAAAGUAACGACAACCAGCGUUGGCAGUUGCUUUGAGGAAAUCAAGCAGCCGUUCUUGUCCGGAACGCUACUGUACCUGUUCUAUGGGGACGCCUCGCUGCUUCUGCCCACAAAGGACCAUCCCUUCUACAAGAAUAACCGGGGCAGCUGGGUCCACUUCUACCCAGACUGUGGCACUGAAUAUGGCUCCUACCUGGUGGCUGCACCAGCUGUGAUAAACUGGAUGGACCAGAAGCUACCCCAGAAGGUCAAGUUCUUGGUUCACGGGCACCAGAAACUGCUCCACUUGGAACCCCUCUCGAGGAAGGUCAUCUACUACCCAACGUCAAGGAUGCUGGAUGUGCAGCUGCUGAACAGAAUGCUCAAGGGAGUCUUUGAUUCUGCAAAGCAACCCAACAAUGCUUCCGCACCCACAGCGAUGAAAACCAUUGUCAUAAGGAGUGCAGCUGGGCCAACAGGAGGUACUCCCUUGCCUGCUUCAACCGUCAGGAACGCUUCAGCUCCUCCUCAACGCUCGCUGACUCUGGGCAGUGGCAGCAGUGCCCAUGUUCAGCCCAGAUUACCAUUGAACUCGCCUACGGCAGCCAGGAAACACAAACCCAUCCUAGCCCCGGGCCAGUCACAACCAAAGGCGCCCGAGAAGCCGCCUGUGAAGCCGCCACGACAGAAAGUGCUGUGGGACCUGUAGUUGCAAUUGGCGGUGCCUUGAUCAUCCAUUGCACAUAGUCAUUACAAUUGUGCCAAGGCCAAGUGCCUUGCAAAGAUUCCUAG